AAAGUUUUAUAGUAUUUAUAUAUACCUAUUGUUUUAUGACAGCAGUUGAUUCGCAUCUAGGAAUAAUAAACGAUGGUGUAUCUCCAGAAAGCAGCCGCUUGUAUAUUGUUUUUCCAUCUCAUGUCCAUCGAGGCGGGCUUUUCAUUUCGUUUUAACGCGUGUCGCUUUAACUGCGGCAGUUCUCGAUAUGACAAGGGAACUAGAAAGGACACAAGAGUGACGCCGGACUGGAGUGUACGACAAGCUAAUGGAGGAGACAGAGCAGGACGUCUAGAGAUUUUUUUUAAACAAACAUGGAGCACAGUGUGUGACAGUGGUUUUGGAGUAAAAGAGGCGCAAGUGGCCUGCAAAAUGCUUACUUUCGACAGCUCCAGAGCUUUCCCUGUGGGGUCAUUCAUGUUUGGUCCUGGUGGCGAUGAGGCCAACAUUCUGCUUGACAACUUCGUGUGUGGGGGGACAGAAAGAAGUCUGGCCAAUUGUAACCACAGCGGUGUCUUCAAACACAACUGUAGUCAUAGAAACGACGUUGGUGUGAUUUGUAGACUCGAUGACCACCUUAGUCUGGCUGGCACACAUCGCAUCAAGGAUGACAUGGGUCGUGUGAACAUCAAUGUCGGGGGAAGAACGAGUAGUUUGUGUGGCAAAGCCUCCACAGGCUCUGCUGACGUCAUCUGCAGUCAACUGAGGCUUGAAUCAGGCGCAGCACUAAUUACUCGGGCGUCCACCUUUGGUCCAAGGCAAGAAACAGGCUUCGUGAUGAUUGACCUGAACUGUUCAGGGAGCGAGACAAGUAUCUUCGCAUGUGAUCACCGAAUCCUUGGUAUUAGGGAACAGUGUGAUACAGAGGAGCUGGGCGUCGUCUGCAGUAACAUAAACGUAUCUCUGUAUAUUGUUACUGUGACAUCUACGACUUACCCACUGUUAGCGGGUACAAAUGUGACUUUAAAGUGUGAGAAUGCACUCGCAGAUGAAAGUGCAGAUAACUACACCUGGCCAGAGACCGCAGGUGGUCGUCCUGUAGGCGAGUACCUGAUCUUUGACAAUGUGAGGAGAACGAAUCAUAGAAAGAAUGUCCGCUGCUCAGUCGAAUAUGGCAACGACCUGCAACAUGGUCAUAGCGACAGUUUUCUACUGGAAAUUUAUUACCCACCGGUCAUCACGAUCAUCUCCGAUGUCGCCACGUGUAGUCCACAGACGGCACCACAUGUGUGUGUAGUGACCCGGGGUCACAAUGUUACACUUCUCUGCAAAGCCAAGAGCAACCCACCUCCUGCUUCUUUUAAAUGGUUUGGGAAAACCAGGAGUAACACCAAAAAGUUAAAUAUUAUCGCAGCAGAACCCACAGCAGACGAUGGUCAAUACACGUGCCUUGUAGAAACUGGUCGAGUGACUAAUGAUCAACGUCUCCCUCUGUCAUCAGAUUACCAACUCACCCUCAUUGUACAAUACCCGCCAUCUGUGCUGAGCUUCAAGCUAAAUGCCGAAGACAACAAGACUGUGAAUGUGUCUGAGAACUCCAAUGUCAUCAUGACGUGUGUAGCAAGUGGACGUCCAGCACCUCGCAUGCGGCUUGUCGGGGGGUCAAACCGUCACGAGCUGAUGUCACGAGCUGAGGGCGACAUCGAGUCUCACGAGAAAAGCCGAGAGUUAAACUUCUUCAUGUGCAAAGCUCAGUGCGAAGAUUCUGGUGACUACACGUGUGAGGUGGACAAUGGAGUAGACAAUGUCACUCAGUCCGUCUUGCUGCUUGUCACGUGUGCUCCAAAAAGGAAGAGUUCUGGAGGAGAGCUCCUGUUUAUUGAUAGGCAAAGCGAUAACAGAAACCUCCUCAUUGAAAUGACAGCAUUGCCGACCCCGCAGGUUACAGCAGUGACCUAUCAGAGGCCAAAUUCCAUUGAGAGGCUCCGAAUACCCUUAGCUAAAAACCCAAUACAUACAACUUGUUUUGCCAACCCUCUUUCACCUGCCUCAGUUACAUGUAACAUAAGUGUGACACAAGCUGACAGAGGGUUUUACCACCUGGAGUUUAGCAACGACCAUGGAAACCUAACUGUUGGCAUUACGGUCAUCACUGAAGGUACGCAAGCAGUUAGUGCUGCGCAACACGUUAGUAAAUGCUGGAAAUAGAUUAUUACAUGUUGAUAAACAAACAUCCUAGUAAAAUGCCACAAGCUGAUAAACAUCGACAUCUUAGUACACACUCGGGGCUUCCUUCAAGUCUUUGCUAUUUCUCGUGUUAGCUUCCGCCAGAUCUUUGACUUUGUAACAGUCGUAAUCGUCGGAGGAUUUGUGAUUUUUUCCUGGAGUUACCAAAAGUAACAGAAUUCUUGAAGAGGUAAGUGACUGAUAGCUGUAAGAUUUAAAAUAUAUAUAUAUAGCAACAUAUGUAAACUCUAAGAUCUGAGCGAGACAUUUUGUGCCAUAAUGCUUUUGUUGUGGUUUUUUAUCUCCUUUUUUACAUUCCUGUACCUAUAAAGUUAAUCAGCUAGCAAUAUUUUAUUUUUUAACGAUAAUAAGAGACAGAUUAAAUAAGAAUACAAUCUUUUUCAUCUAUCUGCAGGUUAAAAUGUCUGAAGGCGCCUAUUACUGUAAAUGUACCAAAGAUGGGAAUAGCUCCUAGUGGACCAGUCAACACCAGGAUAAUGUUAUUGAAACUGCUUCUUUGCAUAGCUACACAAGUCAUGAUGCUACUAUAUAUCUGCUCUCAGAACUAACAUCAAGCUUAGUCUCUGCGUGGGUUAUCUUUUUAUAUAUCCAAUACAUAUCUUGGAGCUCAUGCAUGCUUAAAUAAUGUUUGUUAAUCAGUCUUUCAUGUCUAUGUUUACCUACAAACAGUAUUUGCAUCUUCGUAUUUUUUGUAGUCUUUUAUUUGCAGUUACUGAAAUCAAGCUCAUUCUGUGUCUUGGUUAAGUGAAUAAUUUCCCAAAGCAUUUUCUUUGCAUGAAAUCCUUGUCAUACAAACAUGUUCCCUGAACAUGAGUCCUGUUUAUGAAGAAAAUGUUCAUCUUUUGCAGUGUUUUAAAAGUCUGUUUUAGUUUUCUGUCGAAAACCUUUUGUAGGGUGAUGAUCACAGUUCAAGAAGUGGACAGAAAGUAUCUUGACAUCAACGAACACCAGAACGGAUGAGCACGUCAGGGACAUCGUCAGAAGCAAGACUGAUGGCAGAAUUUCUGGAACAAUUUGUAACACUAUGUUGCUCGUUAUCUAGUAAUACAUUUGUACACACCAUUAGCCUCUAUAAGAUAUUUUCUUGGGUUUCUAUUAAAUGGUAAAAUGUAAGUCUGAGC